UCUGUGAUUCUGUUAGAACACUAAGCAACUUAACAAGAUGCGUAACGCAGGCAAGGUUUUAAAGGAGGCUCUGUGGACUGCCCAUGCAGAAGACCGCCUUGUCAUCGGCGUCUACGAGUCUGCAAAAAUAAUGAACGAAGACCCUGACAGCGUGGCUUUCUGCGUGCUGGCAACUGAUGAGGAGUUUGAGUGCGACAUCGCCCUGCAGAUCCACUUCACUCUGAUCCAGGCGUUCUGUUUCGACAACGACAUCAGCAUCGUCCGCGUGAACGACAUGCAGCGGCUCUCCAACAUCGUGGGCGAAAAGUCGGUGGAACUUGAGGAUGCGCACUGCGUUCUCAUCACGCAGAACCCUGCUGAAGGUUCGUGGCAGGACCCGGCUCUGGAUAAACUGCACCUGUUCUGCGAGGAAAGUCGCAGUCUGAAUGAAUGGGUUCCGGAAAUUACUCUUCCCGAGCGCUGAACCAGGACUUUACAACUCUCUACGGAGAUUCUGUAAGCCAGAAGGAGUAAACAUUCUACGAAACGAGGAUGGGAGAAACUCCAAUCAUCCCUGGAUGUUCCUGAAGAGGAUCUCAUUCCAGGAAGCCCGGUGGCAGCAGCGAGGACUCCCCUGCAGUCACGCGGUGGUCGGCUUGUACCAGGAUGACCCAUCCUUUGUGCGGAUGUGGUCUGGUACACCACGAGAGCGAAGGGAAUCGAACUUUCUCUGGUGUUCCGAAAGGAAAAGUUGCGUUGAAGAAUGAUGUUGAUGCAGGCUGGCACGCCUUGCAGACAGAGCCGAGGAACGUUUUCCUCUCAAGGACACAUGACACGACGCGUUCUUGAGUUUAGACAAUGCUGGUAUGAAGUAUUAACAUGCUUGGCAUGAACAACAGUAAAAAGUUCACAGGUUUAUGCGUAGAAGCUUCCUGUGUCACAGGGGGCAAUGUCAGCGUCUUUAAGACGACUUUGAGGGAACUCAGAAAAUAAUACGUCUACUCUUUUAGUCUCUAUGUCUAUAUCAUAUUCAUGUUACUAAAUAAACAUGUUAUCUUUA